CGGAGUAGCAAGAGGUGGGGCCUGCUUUGGAGCUCCUUCGAUUCAUUUAUAGCUCAAUGAGAGUUGUUUUUCCAGUAGAUUUGGAUCCAGGAACGGAAUCGGUGCAUGGCAAAUCACCAGGACGUGUGACAUCGGUGAAGAGUGGUGACAACUCAGGGACCAGACAGUGAGGGCUGUGCAAGAUGAAGGUGCUUCUGUCUCUUCUGUUGGCUGCUGUCGCUUUCAUGGAUUUGGGACACUCCUUGCAGUGUUACACGUGCAGGGAUUUGACCCCCGUUCAGGAGUGCCAGAAAAUUGAGAACUGCACAGACACUGAGAACAUAUGCAAGACUACAAUCUAUUCCCUGGAGGAUGUUUAUCCCCACACGGGCAUCUCGACUGUCACCAAGAUGUGCUCCUCUGUCUGUGAACCCUCUGAUGUGGAUGGCAUCGGGAUGACACGUCCUGUCUCCUGCUGUUACUCUGACCUGUGCAACUUUGAUGGCGCAGCAAGUUUGGGGAUCAGCGUUGUGCCAGUUGGGAUCCUGGCAAGUUCCCUCUGUGCCUUUUUCUGGACUAGACUGUGAGGGGAUGAUGGGAGUGGUUUAUUCCAAAAAUUCCAUGAAGAAAAUAAGCCCCCUACCAACCCAGCUUUCCAUGUGGAUGCCUCAUGAACAACACUCAACAGCUCCCAAAAAUUGUUUGGUUUCUUUUUAUUACUUUCCCUACAACUAAGAGAGAAGCAGAACACAGGAAGGCACAACUCAAUUUUUUAAAUUGAUUUUUCAACAACUCUCACAAAAUUAACUAUGGAGUUUCUUUGCUGUGCUGGUCUGGUUGGGUCUGAAGUAAAAUAUUAAUGUGUGAAGUAUAUUUAAGGCAAGAAAUCUUGAGAAGGGCUUUCCCUAUCUCCUUAGAGCAGGUCGUCUCCACCCUAUCAUUUUCUGUUGUUCUUCCUUGAUCUCCGUCUUUGUACCCAAAAAAUUAAAGGGGACAUUUCUGUGUCCAAAAUAUGAGGCAGGAGACUGAACUUCCCAUGCCAAUGAUCUGUUCCAGGGAGGUAAAAAUCUCAUGUUCUCUGUAUCCUUUUAAACAGAAUAAAAAAGAUUCUUGUGUUAAAA